AAUAGCUAUACAAAAGUCGAGUCAGUUAAGUUGAAGCGGUCAACGUAAAUAUAACUAAUUAGUUGUUCUAGGAAGAACAAUAUCACUGGAUUCUGUAAUCAUAAACAUACCGGAUUCGAAUCCACUUACAACGCUCAACAACUCGAAGAAUCCAGUAGCUGAAUUGCAUAUUCUCCAUACUGGGAUCGAUCCUGUAAAAUAAGUUUAGCCAUCAACCCCGAUCGUUCCAGAUGAUCUGCAUGCAGUAAUCUGAAAAAAAAGAUUGAAUAAACAUUAACAUCGAAAUAAUCAUACGAUCGACUGUUUGAAACGAUCGGUAAACUCCAGUGUCACAUCCGUUUCGAAAAAGAGCGACAUGGGUACCACCGAUAAAUACAAUCAGCAAGAAAUACAGGUACCAGUUGAGUCUGAAGCCAAUCCGUUGGAUAUCCUUCUCAAUCAUUACAAGAAGUACCCACAAUUCUAUGAUACAUGGAACGGGUGUGUUUCUUUGUUCGCUUACGGAAGGAACCAACAUGAAUUUGUUGAAAAUUACUACAAAGAACCCAAUUUAUGGAAAUUUGACAAGCUAUGGAAUUUAUCGGAAGAUAAAGCCAAAGUCAACGUAUCUACUUUAUUCGAAAAUAUGCUGAAGGAUUAUAAACUAGAGCUGUGUACUCCUUCCAGAGAAGAAAAUGAAAAUGAAAAAAGUAUAUGGAAUUGGUAGUGUAGCAAUUUUAACGUUAAAUUUAAAUUGUUUGACUAGCCUUAUUGGUAGUACUUUAAUGUAGUUAAUUAUGAAAUUCUUAUAAUUCGAAUCAAACAGUUAGAGAAUUCGCAUUGAUUGGCAACAAAAUUUGUAAAUAGACUUAGUUCUCACUUCGGAACGUAAACAUUCAGUAUUUUUAUAUCACUGCUAUUUAUCGUCGUUUUAAACUAAAAACCAAAAGUUAAAAAUUGAUUUACAAACUGACCGCUAGACUUUUAAAUCAGGAUCAUUCUUCAAGGGUCUUCUGACAUUCGACUUUUAGAAAUAAUACAUCUUUUCUAAAAGGUAGACUAAACUUCAUAGUUUUACAAUUUAGGUUAAGUUUAUAAUUAUAGAGUAAAAUAAUUUUGAACGAACCUCUAAUUUAGUAUAUAUAUUUACGUAUAUAUUUCAAUACAAGAGGUAUUUAAUCGUUUUAAAAUGUAACAAAAUCUUCAAAUCUUAAAAUUGAACAUCUCUUCCAGGAUGUCUAGUUACUUAGGUCUAAGUAAUUGUUCUUGUUAUGACGUAUAAUAACAAAGUCAAUCUCACCUUAUUGUGACUGUAACUGCUGAUUAAAUUGAAAAUUUCGGCGUCAAUAUUUUUUAAGACAGCAUCAAAUGUUUAUAGCUUAAAAAAUAUUGUUU